AUGGCGGACUACAACUAUGGAGGUUCCGAGGAGGAGAAUGCAGAGUUGAAGAAGCUCGAGACUGAGUUGCUCGAUGACCCGGAUAACUUCGAAACCUGGGAGAAACUGGUUCGCGCUGGCGAAGCGCUCGAGGGCGGAAUCAACCGCAACUCCAACCCCCAAGCCAUCACCACCGUGCGCAAUGUUUACGAUCGCUUCUUGGCCAAGUUCCCGUUGUUGUUCGGUUACUGGAAGAAAUAUGCCGACCUGGAGUUUUCCAUCACCGGCACCGAGGCUGCGGACAUGGUGUAUGAACGCGGUGUCGCUAGCAUCUCGCCCUCGGUCGACCUGUGGACCAACUACUGCUCCUUCAAGGCAGAGACCUCCCAUGACGCUGAUGUGAUUCGAGAGCUCUUCGAGCGCGGCGCAGCCAGCGUUGGGCUGGACUUCCUGGCCCACCCUUUCUGGGACAAGUACAUCGAGUUCGAGGAGCGCCUGGAGGCUUUCGAUAAGAUAUUUGCUAUCCUGGGCCGGGUGAUCCACAUCCCCAUGCAUCAGUACGCUCGGUAUUUCGAGAGGUACAGGCAGUUGGCUCAGACCCGCCCUGUGGUGGAGUUGGCGUCUCCGGAGACUUUGACCCAGUUCCGCGCGGAGCUUGAUGCUGCUGCCGGGCAUGUCGCCCCUGGCGCAAAGGCAGAGGCAGAGGUUGAGCGGGAUCUGCGGUUACGCGUGGACAGCUAUCACUUGGAGAUCUUCUCCAAGACCCAAACCGAGACCACGAAACGUUGGACAUACGAGUCAGAGAUCAAGCGCCCGUACUUCCACGUCACCGAACUCGAUGAAGGCCAGCUGAACAACUGGAAGAAGUACCUCGAUUUCGAAGAAUCCGAGGGCUCCUAUGUGCGAACCCAAUUCUUGUACGAGAGGUGCUUGGUGACGUGCGCUCACUACGACGAGUUCUGGCAACGUUACGCCAGGUGGAUGGCCGGCCAGCCUGGCAAGGAAGAAGAAGUGCGCAACAUCUACCAGCGUGCCAGCUGCUUGUAUGUGCCGAUCGCCAACCCAGCCACCCGUCUCCAGUAUGCCUACUUCGAAGAGAUGAGUGGCCGUGUGGAUGUUGCCAAGGAGAUCCACGACGCCAUCCUCAUCAACCUGCCCAACCACGUCGAAACGAUAGUGUCUCUGGCCAACAUGUCUCGCCGUCACGGCGGACUUGAGGCUGCCAUCGAAGUGUACAAGAGCCAGCUGGAUUCGCCCCAGUCAGACUUGGCUACGAAGGCGGCACUGGUUGCGGAAUGGGCUCGCCUGUUGUGGAAGAUCAAGGGCUCUCCCGAGGACGCCCGUCAGGUCUUCCAGAAGAACCAGCAGUACUACAUGGACAGCCGACCCUUCUGGACCAGCUACCUGAACUUCGAGCUCGAUCAGCCCACGAGCGCGUCCACUGAGAAUGUCCAGUAUGAGCGCAUCAAGCAGGUCAUCGAGGACAUUCGGUCCAAGAGUACCCUCCCGGCCGACGUGGUGCGGGAGCUGGUUCAGAUCUACAUGGUCUACCUCCUUGAACGUGGCACGAAGGAUGCUGCAAAGGAGUACAUGACCCUGGACCGUGAAGUGCACGGUCCGGCGUCCGUGUCGAAGAUGAAGGCCGCGGAAGUGGUGCAGCUGCCCCCAGCUCAGCCGGUUCCGUCGGCGACGCCUGUGGCGGAAGUUGUGGUCCCAACACCCCCGCAAGCUAACCCCUACGCCUACUAUCAGCAGACACCGGUCAACGGUGGCAUCCCCAAUCUGACUCCUCGCAAAGAGGAUGCUUUCAGCGAUGGCGUGUUGAGCGAAAGGCGAGGCGGCAUCUGCAACGUGCAGAGCCGGUUCUCGACUGCUCUUCCCGAUAUGAUGGGAUACGGUUGGGUGGACCUUAUGAGUUUGGACACUGUCCCCGUGUAUUCUAAUGCGUAG